GGUUACCAUGACAACAACUAACCUACCUAGCGUGAUUUCUAAAGGUUUUUUUAUAUAUAUACUUGCAUAAACUUUGAAAUAGUUGAGUGUGUUCAAACUUUCAGUGAUCGUGCAGCCAAUCUUUUGUUUUUCACGAUUGAACCACAGAUUUGCUGGAGUGAUGUUUCCUCGUAUCGACGCUCUCAAAGAACUGAAAAGUCUUCAGACAACACCCCUAAUUUGACCGCGUCCGAGUAAGGGGAUGGACACGCUCUAAAAGAUUUAGUCUAUUUGUUGGUGACCUUAGACGUUUCUAUUAUUAAGGAAGCGGGGACUCAGAUCCAGUAUCCUGAUUCCUACUCCAACACAGGGAUAAGAUCAGCAGCUGUACGUCAUCAUGACUAAAACUGAUGGUCACAGGAUGAAGCAGUCUAACACAGCAGGACCAGGAGACCAGCAGCCCUCCCAGACCUCGGCCCCUGUGGUUGGCAAUGGUUUGAAGCCAAUCUCACUUGUCCAUCAGCAAUGCCUUAAGUUGGUCUUUAGCCAUAGGUUUAAUUAUAUAUCCAUUCUGGUCAUACUGAUCAGCUGUUUUGUUCAAGGUGUUUUCCAGCCCUGCAAACAGGAACACCUGAUACAAGAGAUUGUGGUAUGCUUUGUCUUUACUUACUUCUUGGCGGAGAUGGUGAUAAAGAUGGUGGCCCUGGGCAUCAGGGACUGCCUGAAAAACAAUUGGCACAAAUUUGACAUCUUUGUUCUCUGUGGAGAGAUCCUGGAUUUCCUUCUUGAAGCAUGGGGGACCCACAUAGAAAUCUGUUAUGUGUUUUCCCCAAUGCGACUGUUUGGCAGAGUGCACGAGAUGCGGAUGUUGGUGACCAUGUUCUUAGACAUCCUGCCCAUGCUUGGAAAUGUCCUCAUCCUCUAUGUGCUCAUCAUCUACAUCUUUGGCAUUGUGGGAGUCCAGCUGUGGGCAGGGGACCUGCGCUAUCGCUGCUUUCUGGAAGAGGACAUCCUCCUACUGUACAACAGGAGCCUGAGUCCGUACUAUGUGUCUAUGCCUGGGGAGAGAGUUCCGUUCAUCUGUUCCCUCGAGAAGAAUGGCAUGCGGCACUGCCGGGACAUCCCUCCUUACCGUGAAGACGGGAACACCUGUUUGUUGGCUGCUCCCCAACUGUACAUCCCCGGCGAUCUGGCCACUGGGACCAAUGUUAGCGGCUGCGUUAACUGGAACGCAUACUACAAUGUGUGUCGUUCCAUGGGUGAAAACCCGAACAUGGGCUGUAUCAAUUUUGAUAACAUUGGCUAUGCCUGGAUUGCCAUUUUCCAGGCUGUUACACUGGAAGGCUGGACAGACAUAAUGUACUAUGUGAUGGACUCACACUCCUACUUGAGUUUUGUCUAUUUCAUCAUCUUCACAAUUAUUGGCUCCUUCAUUAUAAUGAACACGUGCGCCGUUGUUAUUGCCACCCACUACUCAGAGGCCAAAGCAGCUGAUACUGCAGAGCCGCUCUUCGGUACAGUGAGUCUCAAACAGUUUUGGAGGACACUGAGAAGCUGGCCUGCACAACUCUACAACAGCUUGCGUUUCAGAUGGAAUCCCAGUUACAGCUGGAGCAGUGGAACACCAUUGAUGGCUCGGUGCUGGUCCCCUUUCCAAAGAAGGCUGAAGGAGCUGGUGACAGGUGAUAUCUUCUCCAAAGUGAUUAUAGUUGCUAUUUUCAUCAACAUCCUCACUAUAGCUGUGGAGCACCAUAACCAGCCUCAGGUGAUGACGACUACGUUGCAGAUCUGCAACAUACUCUUCACUGCUCUGUUUUUCCUGGAGAUGAUGCUAAAAAUGAUAGCCUUGGGUUGGACUUACUUUCAGGACUGGAGCAACAUCUUCAACUUUGCUAUUGUCAUUAUCAGUCUGUGGGAACUAGGAGCCAACUCUGACAACAGGCUGUCAGUGAUUCGUGCAUUUCGAACACUGCGGCUUGGGAGGCUCAUGCACUUUCUGCCCUACCUGCAUAGGCAGCUGCUGGUGCUGAAGAGGACGUUGGAGGAGGCGGCUAUGCUCUGCUGGCUACUUUUAUUUGGGAUUUUCCUCCUCAGCAUUGUGGGAAUGCACCUGUUUGGCUGCAAGAUUCAGAGCUUGGAUGCAGAUUACAAUGCAAAAAACUUUGAUGUAAUUGAUAAAAGGAAAAACUUUGACACCCUCCUCUGGUCCAUGGUCACUGUGUUUCAGGUUUUGACUCUCGAUGACUGGAACUAUGUCCUCUACAAUGCCAUGGUAUCUACCUCUGUAUGGGCUGCUGUCUACUUCGUCAUAAUCAUUAUUCUGGGAAAGAACGUGAUCCUCAGCAUCUUGGUGGGCAUCGUUGUGAAGAGUUUCCAGAACCAGCCCGAAGACCCAUUGCAAUGUCCUGGAUCUGGUUCGGCCACCUUGAACCCUAAUGUCCCUGGAGGUACUGACCGAGGUCCUUCGAACUCUGAGUCCAACUCUGGUCAGAUUAAGUCAGUUCAGGUGGAAGAAGCUGAUGUAAAACAGACUGACCAGGACCAUGGAUCUGUGAGCUGGAUGAGAAAGGUGCAGCGCUGGGUCCAAGACCGUGAAGACUGGUCCUUUUAUUUGUUGUCUCCACAGAACCGGUUUCGUCAAUUUUGCAAAAAUCUCGUUUUCCACAAGAAGUUUGAGGUGGCUAUUCUAAUCUGCAUUAUAAUAAACUGCAUCACCAUUGCUUUGGAGAGGCCUGCCAUCCAGCCUGGGAGCCUGGAACGAGGAAUCUUGGAUCGGUCCAGUACUUUCUUCUCUUUCGUCUUUUUGGUGGAAAUGCUUCUCAAGGUCACGGUGCUCGGAUUAGUGUUUGGGAAGGAGAGCUAUUGCCGUAGUCUCUGGAACAUUAUGGCUUGCUUUUUGGUAGUCACAUCUGGAGUUGACAUCGCCAUCCUGCUUGUGACGCCUGGAAAAAGGAGUUCUCUGGGCAUUCUGAAUAUACCGCACGUGCUACGUCCCCUCAGAAUGGUUGAACGAACCCCCAAACUGAGGCUGACUGUGGAGGCUCUUUUAAGAUCUGUGAAACCCAUGGGGAACAUUAUUGUCAUUUGUGGCAUUUUCUUCUUUUUCUACAGCAUCCUUGGGGUGCAGCUGCUUAAAGGGAAGUUCUACCACUGCGUGGGUGGGAAUGUGACCACAAUCACGAACAAGUCUGACUGUCUGUCAGCCAACUACAGUUGGGUUCUAAAGGAGUACAACUUUGACAACCUGAUUCAGGCCAUCAUAUCUGUGUUUGUGAUGUAUUCCAUGGAUGGCUGGGUAAACCUCAUGUAUGACGGACUAGAUGCAGUUGGAGUUGACCAACAGCCUGUGGUCAACUACAACCUCUGGAUGCUUCUGUACUUCAUCUCCUUCAUACUGAUGAGCUUCAUUCUGCUGGACAUGUUCAUUGGAGUGAUGGUGGAGACCUUCCACAAAUGUCAGCUGGAGCAGAGAAAAGCUAAUGACCCUGAGUCUGAACAACAAAAUGAGACUGAGGAGCUGACAUAUUUCUAUCACUAUUCCCCGUUACGUCUAAAAAUCCACAGCAUUUGUACCAAUGAGGCUUUGGAGUACUUCAUGAGUGCUGUCAUCCUCCUCAGUGUUUUGAUGAUGGGUGCAGAACACUAUGAAAACCCUGGGUAUGUCAAAGAGCUUUUGGAAUGGGUCUUCUACAUCUUAACCAUUGUGCUGGUCCUUGAAGUCCUGCUGAAGUUCAUCGCAUUUGGUUUUAUGAGGUUCCUGAAAAUCGGAUGGAACGUGCUGGAUAUUGUUGUAGUCCUGGUUUCUGUCAUCAGCAUCAUUUUGACUGAGCUGAAAGUGUCUGUCAAAAUCCCCAUCAAUCCCAGCAUCUUCCGUGUGGUGAGAAUUCUCAGACUGACACAAGUUCUCAAGACCACAAAGAUCAAAUUUCUGCUCAGAACCAUCAUCAAGACACUGUCGCAGGUUGGAAACAUUGGUCUCCUCUUCAUGUUUUUCUUCUUCAUCUAUGCUGCUCUUGGGGUGGAGCUCUUUGGCAAGUUAGAAUGCUCUCCUGACUUCCCGUGCCUCGGCCUGCACCGUCACACUAACUUUGAAAACUUCGGUGUGGCCCUGCUGACACUGUACAAAGUCAGCACUGGAGACAACUGGAACGGCAUCCUGAAAGACACAAUGAGGGAGUGCCAGUCCGACAACCGUGGCUGUUCUAGCUACCCGUCCUGGGUCUCUCCCAUUUUCUUCGCCUCCUUUGUCAUCAUUGUCCAGUUUGUGCUUGUGAACUUAGUGGUGUCAGCAGUCUUUCAGGGGCUGGAGGACAGCAAACAGGAUGGCGGUGGAGACAUGUCCAGGAAAGUCCCUCCACUUCUCAGGGAAUGUCGGCCAAUCCAAGUCCACCCAGUGGCGAGCGGAUAACUCCAGACAAACACAUUAUAUUUUCAUUGUGUUGUUCUUCAGCAAUUGUUAAGAUGUUCAAAGUUUAAGGAUGUUCUUGUUUUUUUAUGUUUGAAAAAAUACAUUAAAUGUGUCACUCAAACACAUUCUUAAA